CGCAGGGCAGGAGACUCCGCAAGGGUGCAUGUCUGAUGCCCUGCGCGGGUUCGGGCGCGCUCGCUCGAACGUCCCAGCGUGACUGCUCGGCAGUGUCCGACCGUUGAGCACAGACAGGUGUCGACAACGACGACGACUUUGUUUUCAUUCAAUAGCCUGUUCCUGCCCGCUCAAGGCGUGCUUUUCGUUGCGGACGUGACAGCGCCUCGUGGUCAUCCUCGCGCAUCUCCUGGGGUCGCGCCGGUGACGUCAUCAGAUCGGGUGGGCGGCGACGUGGCUCGACGUUACGGCAACAGAGAGCCGACGGAGACAAGACUGCGACUCGAGCCCUCAUCACACUCUGCUAACGUCCCUGGGAAACUUGUCUUCGCGGCUCACCGCAUCGCCAACCGACCCUGACUCGAACCAUGACCAGCUCGUGACUCCCGUGACCAGCUCGUGACUCUCACGACAGGCCCGUGACUCGCGAGCGACUCGGUGAUCGUCUUCUGCCUGGAUGGGGUUCGGUCGCGAGAGACAGUGGCGGCCCGGGCGCCGCUGGGCCGCGCCGGAGGUCGGCGAGCCGCUGGCCGACUCGCCGCCGCCGCCGCCGGAAGUGGUGUCAAUGUGCGGCUGCGUGUCAUCGAGAGAUCGAGGCGUCACCCAGCGGACCGACCGGCUGCCUCGAUCGAGGCGCGAGCACGGCGGUGGGACUCGACGUGUGACGGACCCACGCGGGUCGGACGCGCCACCCGCAACCCUCAACCAGUGCCAAAGUCUUGCGGUGUCGAAGCCGUUGAACACGUGCUGCCACCUGUGGACGACACUUGCGUUAGUGUUCGCGGUGCUAGUGGCGCCAGUGUGCUCCAACGUGCCGCCUCGAUUUGUGCUGGAUGGUCAGAGUGAGAUCGUUCUGAGACUGAGGGAGGGAUCACAGACGCCCGUUGGCAGCGUCAUCUACCGGCUGCGGGGUUAUGACCCGGACGGCGACCGGCUGCGGUUCGCCGUGCGAGGUCAGGUCGGGUCGCGGCUGCUGGAGAUCCGCCCUGUCAGCGACACCGAGGCGGACCUGGUGCUCCGGCGAGCUCUCGACCGCGAGCUGGAGGACGAGUACAGCGUGGUGCUGACGCUGACGGACGGGCGGCUGGGCGAGGCCGUCGUCACGCAGUCCCUGCUCGUGCUCGUCGAGGACGUCAACGACAACAGCCCGCUCUUCGUGCCGCACGAGCCGACGCUGACCGUAGCCGAGGAUGCCGCGCCGCGCGUGCUCGCCGUCCUCCAGGCUACCGAUCGGGAUGAGGGUCCGUUUGGUCAGGUCGUGUAUCGACUGGUGGCCGAGUCAAGCGCCGAUAGUGAGCUGUUCUCGGUGAGCACCCAGGAGGGACGGGCUGUGCUGAGGCUGGAGGGUGCACUCGACUACGAGCGUCAGCCCUUCUACCAGCUGCAAGUGCUGGCAGUGGAUAGGGCGGCAAUCAACGCUCACACAGGUCAGCGGUAG